CAGGACGCAGAAGAAGAGGUCACUCCACACUGUGUCUUCUGGGAUUUUAUGUUGAAGUACGUUUAAAAACAAACCUUGUUUUUUGUCGUUGACCCCAUCUCUUUAUCGCAUAAAACCACCCUCACAGUACAACCAUACAGCCUCAGACCACUAAGAUAUUCUAAUAGUGCACCUAUGUUCUUAACCCUUUUGUUGCUGCACCCGAAGAAGAGAAACUUUCUGAUUAUUACUAUAUGUAUUCUAAAUAGUCUUUCUCUAUUUUAUCUCAAUUAUUGUAGAUCCGACGUAAAUGGGAGUUGGUCUAAGAGAGGAUGCUCGUUGGUCAAAAAAAUCGACAAUGAAAUAACGUGUUCUUGUAAUCACCUUACAAACUUUGCUGUUCUUAUGCAAAUUGGAAGCAAUGAGGUUAGGGAUAGAAUAGGCCAGCAGAUGACUUUGGCUUUUCAUUUGUCUUUGAACCUGAAUGACAGGACGCAAGCAAGUUCGUAAACUGACCUACGAGGCCAGUAACUCUGUAAAUGAUUUGAUGCCUUCGACUCGAUCGCGGACUGAAGUAACUUGUAGUAGGCGUGCAGUUAUAAAAUCUAACAGUGAUUAAUUGUUCGACGUCAUUGCAAGAGUGAUGCGUUUGUCGAAAACGAUUUUUAGUAAUACCUGAGAAAAUAUUGACGGCUCCAGUGAGACGUUUUUCCUGCCAGGGAAAAAAAAUAAAAUCACAUGAGACUAAUUCCGAUUUAUUAAAAUCCCUACUUGGCUCCGACGCUUAGGGGAAUAAAUCAAAACAAAUCAUCUUUAGGCUCAGCAAUGAAUAAUACAUUCAUUUUAUGUUCAUUCCUUUAAGCGACGUGGGCAAGUAUGAAUUUCAAUACAUUGAAAUUGAUCUAUCGGGCAGAUGAACUUAAUUUAUUUAACAGUAAGUAAGUUCGUAUGUACGUAUAUAUAAUAUUAUUAUAUUAUUAUCAUUGAAUUAUGAUUAAAACUAGAUUAGAAUUGACUAACAUGUAGUUUCAUUUAUUAAAGAAAUAAGAAAAUUUAGAAAAUUUACUGGAGCAAAUCAAGUAUUACUUUUUGGCCACAAUAACAUGCACAUGAUGUAUUUCAUUUUCAAAGGUUCCUUCAGGCCAUAAAGACGCGUUGGAAGUAAUCACUUACGUUGGCUGUGCCUUGUCGCUAGUAGGAGAAGCACUUGCAAUUGUUGCGUACUGGAUUCUCAUGUGAGUUUUCUUUUUCUAUGCCUAUGCAUAAUAUGACAGGCUGUAAUCUUUUGGAAAUGAGUCAUUUCAAAAUGGCCAUGCUAUUUUUACCUUGCCUUGUUAUUUUGUCAGGAAUUUAAAAGAGGAGCAGAUUCAAAUUCGCUUCAACCUCGUCGUUGCCAUAGCAAUCGCCCAAAUCACCUUCCUUGCUGGAAUUGAAGCAUCAGCUUUAGAGGUACCUGUUCAGCCUUGGUCGGUCUUUCAUGUUGGCUAUAGGAGAGUUUUGAGUCCAACUUUCUGCUACAGUAAUAAAUUCCACUUCCACUACAUAAAUACAGUAUCACAAAGAUAUUCUAGUUGGGGCAGAAGUUAGAAUCCUGUUACUAUUAUAACCAAUUUGAAUAUUUGCCAAAUUUAAGCCCAGUGGUGAGGAAAAAAACAAAGAAAUUGCGACGUCGCACUCUUCCAUGAAAUUUGCCAUAAUUUGAGCCAUGACAGUGUUUAAAAUUCUUUCAAAAGGAAAUCGUUAUGCCUUUUUUUUCUGUUGAAUUUCCACAGGGACUGUGUAUCUUUGUGGCGGGUCUGAUUCAUUACUUCUACCUUGUGGCAUUCGCCUGGAUGUUGUUUGAGGGUGUUUACCUGUAUCUGAUGGUGGUAAAAGUAUUUAAUACAGAGAUCAAAAUGCGCCUUUUCUAUUCAGUGGCCUGGGGUAAGUACCGAACUGAUCUGAACUGAAUGAAGUAUUGUUAUGGAAGCAUUGAAAAUAGAAACAAUAGGCAGGUGAUGACUUACGUCACUCGAGUGUCAGCUAUUGAAGACAGAAUGUUGUGGAAUUUAGCAUGCCUUCUCUUUUUGUUUGUUCUUAGACUGAAUUAAAAAUCGUUUCCUUUUAAAACGUGAGACAUGAUGUGAAAUAAUUUUGGUUCAAUAAACGCUUAACUUCUUAAUAUAUAUCUAGCCGGAUUUUUGAAAACGUUAUCGCCAAAUAGACCUCUUCCGUCCAACAGUUUUUUUUUUCGGCCAAAAAAAGUAUCCAUUAUAAAAACUAAGAGUGCAACCAUUGUUUUUUCUCUUCUCGUCCUUUCUCCCUCCUCGCUCUUACUUUUUGUCCCUUCCUUUUCCUUCGUUGGUGUGAUUUUGGAGCUUAUCGGCCUUAAAAAACCUGCGUUUUGACAGCUUUUCACUCAAAUGACAGCAGAUUUCGUUAGGUUGGUUUUAAAAAAAUCGGCUAGAUAUAUAUAUAUAAUAUAUAUAUAUAUAUUUCAAACAAAAUGCGGUAGUUUUCUUAUCCGAUUUUGCCAUACGUGCAAGUUGUAAUAUGCUGCCAGAAAGACUGAUAUCUCAUGACCUGAGCGCGCAAAACAACCGACAUUUCGCGACGCCAUCCGACUGGUUUCCAGGCGAAAUGACAUCUAAGCAACGAGCGCAGAAACUCCAUACUGCUGACACGUCACUACCAAGAUCUGGAUAGUGCUUCUGAUUGGUUGAAAAUUUACUUUAUCCAAUCAGACGCACUACCCAGAUCUUGGUAGUGACAUGUCAUCAGUAUGGAAUUUCUGCGCUCUUUGCUCAGGCGUCAUUUCGCGUGGAAACCAGUCGGAUGGCGUCGCGAAAUGUCGGCUGUUCUCUGAGGCUUGUUAUCUCAUCAUACCGAAAGGAAAGGGAAAUUUUGUCAAGUUCCCCGCCCAAAAACAAUUUGGGAUACGUGAUAGGGUACAGUUAGAAAACUAUGAGUAUUUAUGGAAAUUUUCUAGGUACACCUUUUUCUUUUGCUAUUAUAUAGAAAUUGUCACGACAUUAAAACCUUUCUUCAGAAUAAACUGGAGGCAAUUUUUCAGCCGGUCUUAGAGUGCAUAAUACUUCGUCAUUUUUGUCGUAUUUCAGGCCUUCCUCUUUUGAUUGUGUUGCUAUCGAUGCUGAUUGCCUCUACUCAAGAUGGUGGAAUACAUGGAUAUGUUCAUGGCGACUUGUAAGUAAACAAGGCGCUUUCUUUGACAAACAUAAUUUAGAUACGUUUGGCCACAGUAAACAAGCACUUUUAGCAAUUAUUGGAUUCGGCUUCCGUACGGCCUAAAGAAUCAUGCAGAUCGCGAUCGAGAAGGUAUUUAUCUCACGCGGCUAAAGGUCAAGGCGGAUAACACCCUUCAAGAUCUCCAUAAGUUUUUAGAUCAUAAGAAAGCCGAAUCCGUUUUUUUUAAUUAAUUAUUCAUUCAAAAUAAUUCUCAAUUUCAACAUGCUAAUACCUCGAUCGAGGUUAAGUUCCAGUCAUCAUUUGUCUCUUCCUUGGAAAAUUCAGGAUAUAUGACAAUUAUUCACCGAAGUGGAGUUGGCUAGUAGUGCAAAUUUACCGGGGCCGUGAAGCGGCGAGGUAAAUAGCCACUACUAGCCACCAACACUGAGGUGAAUAAUUGCUUUAGUACAUACUAAAACAGUGAGAUAAUUGAGCACAAAAAGGAUGAUUUUUAACUCAUUUACUGUUGCCAACGAUUACAAUUUUGGCGCGCGAUGACCGAACGGCCGCGGUCGUCGCUUUUUCUUGGCGACAAAUAAAACUUUUGAAGGCGUUUGUUUAGCUCUUGCGGGGAAGUUUCUUCAAAAGGAGUUGUGAAUUCUUUUUGUAUUUAAAAUCAUUCUGUAAAAAAGAUUAUUAAAUUUAGUUUUAAGCUUAUUUAUGAACAAGUCAACUAAAUAAAGUAACGCAAGACUUAAGCUUAAUUUGUAUUUGUAAACAAAAAACUUUUUCACCGGUUUUAUCGAUAAAUUCAAGUCAAAACGGACAAAGCUUUAUCUGUUAAAACUUCCAAACCGAACUACGUCAACUUCUUCAUGUAUUUUGAGAAUAGCUUGCUUCAUUAGUUGUGAAAUUUCUUAGUCUGUUACGGCAGCAAACCGGAAAGGCAUUUUGCUCGCAACUUACGUGAGUUUGGCGUCGCUCGCUCGGAGGAACUGGAGGUGAAUCAGUGAACAGUGCAGGAUAUUCACUGAUUGAGUAGCCAAUCAGAGCGCGCGAAAAACACUAUCCACUGUUUUAGUAUAUACUAAAAAGGGAUGUUUAGUCUUCCUGAUAGUCCUCAAAUCUCAACUGUCAUCCGUUGAGUUGUUAAUUUGCUGUUCCUCCUUUGAUCAUUAAGUUCAGCUACUUCUUCGCAAAACAUGUGAGCUGACGCAACAUCAUCCCCAGGGCUUCUCGAUUGCUGUCCUUUUCUUUUGUAAAAGCCUUUUCUAUUGAUGUCAUUUUACCGAAUAUUAGAAACAUCUUCCAAAUUUUGUUGGUGAACAGUAGCUGGUUAUGAGGAAUUAGCCGGUGGAUUUGAGCCAAUCAGAAACGGAUGAUUAGUUUGAAUGUAUAAUAAUAACAAGAUUUCUCAUGCCCAGCAUUUAUAACGCUGUUCCAGGAUAUGGAUACUAAAGGCAAGAACAUGGAAUCGGCAACACGUCAUAGCGAAGACUUCAUAUAAUGUAUAAUUUUGGCCUAGCUUCUUUUGAUAUAUAGCAAUAUAAAUACUUUUAUUGAUAUUUUAACAGCUCUUACGCAGUUUUUGACAACGACUUAUUUAUUGGAAUUAAAUUCUACUGGUUUAAAAAAAAACCAACAAAAUGUGUUUUCCUAUCUUCUCUAAUAUAGCUGCUGGGUUUCCUUCACCAAUAACCUCAUAUGGACCUUUGUUACUCCAGUUCUCGUUGUUUGUUCGGUGAGUUACCAGAAACAUAAAAUACUAUCUCACCCAACUGCAUUAUGAAGUAAUUAUGUUACUUCGUCAUUUUGAAGAACUUAGCUCGUGAUCAAAUUGUCAAAUCAAAGAAACUCCGAAAGUUUUCAGUGAUAGAUUAAUCUGUCAUUUCAUUGUUUAAUUGAAGUCUCUUCCUUUCGUUUCUCAUCAAACAGAUAAAUACAGUUCUCCUUGGAAGAGUGGUUAACGAAAUCGUUAAGAUGCAGAGCGGGAAAACCUCGGAACUAGAAAAAGUUCGACAAGGUGUUAAGGCAUGCGCAGUUUUGUUUCCUCUUCUGGGACUGACCUGGGUGUUUGGUAUUCUAAGCGUCACAGACGCUGGACUCGUGUUUCAGUACAUCUUUACCAUUCUCAACUCAUUACAGGUGUUGCAAUUUUUCUAUUCACGUUAUUAUACAACGUCUCACUUCCAGGAAAGUGAAAAAAUUACGUAAUGAUAUCCCGAUCUUGUCAAUUGGACCAGAGUGGCAGACACUUGUUGAUAUAUUAUCGCAGACCUGACUUCUUUGUCAUCAAAGAUGGGCGAGGGAGGGAAUUCUGCCUGCCUACCCGACACGUAGUUGCUAGCUUAUUGCAGACAGGCGUAGAUAAAACUUGUAGGUGCGGUUAUAACUAAGAGAAAACGUUAAUCACAUGACGCAACGCCGUUUGUGUAACGUGGGAUAUACGUCAAGGCAAAAACUGCUUAGAUCUGCCAUCUUGAAUAACUGGACCAAAAUUGCUUUAAUGCGAUAUGAAAAUAUCUAAUAUUAUUAAAAACUGAAUCAUUGGAUAAUGCAAUUCUAGCAUUUUGUUUGGCUUAGCCGUUAUGGUAUAUGAGUUAUUAUACCAUGCUCUCCAUAUAUGGUCGGUGUACGCGUCAGUUUAAAAUUGGAAGCUAACUGAGAUUUUUUUUCGCGAAGGAUAGAACGGCGCCCGAAGCAAAUUGUUUUAAUUCAUUUCUUAGAAUACUAGAAAUGCAAUUUCAUCGAGAGAAAAAAGACAAAAACAAACAAAAAAGCCACAAGAGCUUGUUUGAAAGUUUGUCGAAAAACACAUGAAAACACAUGGAACUAAAGUACCUUGACCAGCUACAAAAGAAGACAAGUGCUGUUUCUUAAUGAUCGCGAAGCCAUUUGCCGAUCGAGUCACUCGCCGAUAGAUAACUGCGGCUUGUUUAUCCGACACCAAGAAUAUAAAUCACAAGUAACCAGAUACAAAUACAGGCUAUGCAGACAUUCACUAGAGCAAUCGAGGCGGCAGUAUAGCUUCUUUUCUCGUUCAGCAAAACCAGCUUGUGGCUUCAAACAACUUCAUAACAAGCGACCGAGGUAAUAGUUUUUCUCCGUUGUUCUUACUUUUAUAACUGCACCGAAAAUCCAAAUUCACAGUAAUUUCGACGGCUGUCACUUAGAAAUUCUUCUCCUUCACAUUAUCUGCCAGGUUUUUCAGCUGUUCUGCUGUGUAAAAUCCUAGAAUCCUGAUGAGUUUUUAAAAAACUAAUGUUCAUCGCUACAAUGUUUUGAUUUUUCAUUCAUGCAGUCCAGGCGAGUCCGUUCGCGCGUUAACAGUUUUGAUAGACAUGUGACAUGUGAAUAGCGGAAGUCCCUUGUCUUUUCCGGUUUGUUCUAGUCGGGGAGAUUCAACGAGAUUUUGUGGGCGUUUUUAAUAAAACAAUUAUUCCACUCGCGCUUGUUGGAUAUGAGAUGAUUAUAGCCAACUCGGCGCUACGCGCCUCGUUGGCUACCUAUCAUCUCAUAUCCAACGCGCCCUCGUGGAAUAAUUGUUAGAUAUAAAACAUUACUAGAAAAGAGUGCGUCGGAAAUUUUGGCCAUCAAAAUGUCUCAAGUCGCGUCAUAAUUUAUGAUUUCUGUUGCACAGUAAUGUUUCCAAGUGCCCUUUACAUUUACUUAUAAUCCAUCUGAGUUCUAAGUUGGUUUCUGCUGAUUGCUUAUUUUCCAGGGCUUGUUCAUCUUCAUACUUCACGUUCUGAGGAAUGCUGACGUGCGAGCGGCAUACUUCCGAAAAAAAAAGAAUUGGAAAGCAGCGAGAAGCAUUGGAACAUCACACUCAGCCAAUCACGAUUCAAUCGCAUUGGGGUCGAGUGACACGAGAAGUGAAGGACAAGAUUCGAGAAGCAAAUGCUACAGUACAUCGCCAAGAUCAGUUAUUGGUUAUGACAAACCAGUUGCUUUUGACCAAGACAGAUGUAUGACCCCUGUAAACACUUGA